AUGGCAGAGAUCGAUUUCGCUUUUGCACGAUACGAAAGAGUUGGUUAUGUAAGUGAUCCUGUCGAACUACUUCUUCGAGACAGCUACUCCUCGCUAAGGAGUCUCCGUGAUCACGGUUACAAGAGACCCUAUAGACAGAUCCAAAAGCGACGCUUUUCCUCUUUCCCUUCCUUCUAUAGUAACACACUUGGGCUUGGGGAUAGUCCGUAUGAUCAAAGACUUGCUGUACCAUACACCGAUCUUCUUUUCAAUGGACGGUGA